UUUAGUCUAUUACUGUACAGUGAUUCUGUGAUUCUAAUUGCUUCAUUUAUUUAUUGACAUGCUUGUGCUCAGCUCUUCCUUUCCAUGCCUCUUCCUUCUUUCGUGUAAUAGACAACAAGAGAACCGACCAAGAGCAUCUGCAGUUUUGAAUCUGCUUCUGUUCUGCCAUGGAUCUCAAAGAAAGGCUUCGUCCAGAAGCCUGGACUAAGUCUUCAGUGGGGAAUGAAUCGUCUAAUUAUGGAAUUGGGAUGCAGCGUCCAUUCUCUGAAUUCAAUCUCCCUUCAGAAAUCUCAUCGCAUAAUCCUGAAAAUAAAAUCAAAAUCCCAGAUCAAGUGAACGUUCAGACGACAGAGAUGGCCAUCGAUGCUAAUAAACUUCAAGGUUGGGAUCCCCGGACCAUGUUAACUAACCUCACUUUCCUUGAGCAGAAGAUCCACCAACUCCAGGAUUUGGUACAUCUGAUUGUUGGCAGAGGAGGUCGAGCGUUGGCUCGCCCUGACGAAAUUGUUGCUCAACAGCAGCAGCUUGUAACUGCUGAUUUGACUUCCAUCAUUGUUCAGUUGAUCUCAACUGCUGGUAGUCUUCUCCCAUCUGCAAAGAAUAACAUAUUGGCAGCAAAUCCUUUCGUUGGACAGCUAGGGAAUACCUCUGGUAUUCAAUGCCCUCGUAGUUUGGGCAUGAAUGAUGAUGCUGUGCCACAGCCUAAUAGUGAAACUAAGGAGUUUGACCAUUCCGAUCAUACUGAAUCCAUGGGAAAUGGUGGUCCUGAACAAAACCAUACAGGUCAAUCUCACCACUCUGUUUCCCCUGUUGAGGAGCAUGACUCAAAGGAUGAUGAAGAGGGUGGGGAUGGAGAAAACCUUCCCCCUGGAUCUUAUGAAGUCCUACAACUAGAGAAGGAGGAAAUACUGGCACCGCAUACUCACUUCUGUGUGAUUUGCGGGAAAGGAUUCAAGAGGGACGCAAACCUACGGAUGCACAUGAGAGGUCAUGGGGAUGAAUACAAGACCCCAGCUGCUCUUGCAAAGCCUAACAGGGAAUUGAGUUCUGAGCCCAUGCUGAUCAGGAGGUACUCCUGCCCCUUCACUGGAUGCAAACGGAAUAAGGACCAUAAGAAGUUCCAGCCACUGAAGACCAUUUUGUGUGUGAAGAACCAUUACAAGCGUACCCAUUGUGAUAAAAGCUACAUUUGCAGUAGAUGCAACAGCAAGAGGUUCUCUGUUAUUGCUGAUCUCAAGACUCAUGAGAAGCAUUGUGGACGGGACAAAUGGUUAUGCUCCUGUGGUACAACAUUCUCAAGAAAGGACAAAUUAUUUGGACAUGUCGCACUCUUCCAAGGUCAUACUCCUGCCCUUCCCUAUGAUGAAAACAAAGGCACACUUGGAUCAGCAGAACAAGGGGAAAGCAAUGAAGCAACUACUGAAAUUCCUGGGGAAAGGAAUACAGGAUUCAAUAUCAGCUCCAGUGCCUCUAGUGGAAAUGGUGCCCAGAACAUUGUAGAUGUGAAAAGCCGUGUUGAUGACCCUGCUGGCUACUUCUCAACAAUGAACUUUGAUACAUGUAACUUUGGUGGGAUUCACGAGUUCCCUCGACCAUCAUUUGAUGUUCCAGAUAGUUCUUUCUCAUUCCUUCUUUCCGGGUCUUGUAAUUUUAUUCAGAAAACUGGAGGGACAUCAGGUUCUGAUGCCCUCAACUGAUAUGAUGGUAUUCGAUUUUCAUCU